AUGAACGUUAUUGUUCCAUGUUGUGGUAUGUGUGGUAUAAUACAAAAUGGUAAUCAAGGAAAAUAUAGUAGAUUUAACGGAAGAAUGUGGUUUGCUAAUAAUUCUGCCAUAUCAUUGGGUUAUUGUGGUUUAUCAACUUUUAGAACUAUGUUUAAUUGUACUCCUUUUUCUUCUAAAAAUUCUUACUCAUCUGUAUAUAGAAUGAUUUAG